AUGAGCUGGGAACCUCCAGUCGAAAGCGACAUCGAGCACGACGAUGGUGUCGGUGGCGGUGACUACGGACUCGCCCCAGGCCUCGCCGUGUCUCAGGAAGACGCCUGGGCAGUGAUCUCGAGCUACUUUGAAGAGAAGGGACUCGUGCGGCAGCAGUUGGACUCGUUCGAUGAGUUCAUCCAGAACACGAUGCAGGAGCUCGUGGACGACUCGCGCUCGAUCCGCAUCAAUCCCGAGCCCCAGUACGCGCCCGGCCAGGCCAAGACAAACACGGACACGAUCUACAACAUCUCGUUCGGCCAGAUUUACCUCUCGAAGCCCACGAUGACCGAGGCCGAUGGCUCGACGAGCGUCAUGUUCCCGCACGAAGCGCGACUGCGAAAUCUCACGUACUCAGCCCCACUUUAUGUAGAUGUGAUGUGUCAGAAGUACCAAGCACCUCCUUCGGGUCCUGCAAACCUGGAAGAUAUGGAGCCUUACGACCAAGUGGAGACCCCAAAGGAGUUUAUUGGCAUGGUGCCCAUUAUGCUGCGCUCGCAGUACUGCGUGUUGACGCACAAGACGGACAAGGAACUCACAGAGCUCAAUGAGUGUGUCUAUGACCAGGGAGGUUACUUCAUUAUCAAUGGAAGUGAAAAGGUGCUCAUCGCCCAAGAGCGCAUGAGCAAUAACCACGUCUACUGUUUCCGGAAGAACGGGGCGUCUAAGUACAGUUGGGUUUGCGAAACGCGGUCUCACGUCGAACACGGCGUGCGGCCGACCAGUACCAUGUACGUGCAGAUGUACCAGAAGGGCGGCGGCAAGAGCGCUAUUACGGGCAACCAGAUUCGGGCGGUAAUCCCCUACAUUCGCCAGGACAUUCCUGUUGUCAUUAUCUUCCGUGCGCUCGGGUUUGUGGCAGACCGAGAAAUCUUAGAACACAUUUGCUAUGACUUUUCCGACGCUGAGCUAAUGGAACGAUUCAAGUCUUCCUUGGAAGAAGCAUUUGUUAUUCAAGAGCAGGAAGUCGCGCUGGAUUUUAUAGGACGACGUGGAAGUGCCAUUAACGUGAGCAAGUCUGACCGUAUCCGCUAUGCGCAGGACAUUCUGCAGAAGGAGAUGUUGCCUCACGUUGGUGUUGAGGAUCACAACGAAACCAAGAAAGCGUACUUUCUUGGUUACGUGGUGCACAAGUUGCUCAUGUGCUCACUCGGUCGUAUAGGCGAGGAUGACCGUGAUCAUUACGGUAAUAAGCGACUGGAUCUUGCUGGUCCCCUACUUGGCGGCUUGUUUCGUAUACUGUUUAAAAAGCUGACAAAGGACGUAAAGUCGUUUCUGCAGAAGUGUGUGGACAACGGCAAGGAUUUCAACUUGACGCUUGCUAUCCGCUCACGCACGAUCACAAAUGGUCUGCGGUAUUCGCUGGCUACCGGUAACUGGGGCAUGCAAAAGAGCGCCUCAAAGGCUGGUGUCUCGCAGGUUCUCAAUCGGCUGACGUACGCUUCGUCGCUUUCCCAUUUGCGUCGGUUGAAUACACCUCUUGGCCGUGAAGGCAAGCAGGCUCAGCCUCGUCAGCUGCACAACACGCAUUGGGGUAUGAUUUGUCCUGCUGAAACGCCUGAAGGACAGGCUGUCGGUCUUGUCAAGAAUUUGGCGUUGAUGGCAUACAUAUCGGUUGGUUCGCCGCAAGCCCCAAUUCUGGAGUUCUUGGAAGAGUGGGCAACGGAAAACUUGGAGGAAAUUAAGCCUCAGAUCAUUCCACACUCCACUAAAAUUUUCGUGAACGGUAAUUGGGUCGGUGUGCAUCGCGAACCGAACGAGUUGAUUCGUACGCUGCGAUCGCUUCGUCGAUGUGUCGAUAUUGAUGCUGAAGUAUCAGUGAUUCGAGACCUGAUGAACAAAGAGUUGCGCAUUUACACGGAUGCUGGCCGUGUGUGUCGUCCUCUGUUUAUUGUUGAAGACAACCAGCUACUCCUGCAGAAGGAGCAGGUGGUGAAGCUGCAAAAUCACAAGAUUACCAACUACUGCUGGCAUAAUCUGUUGACGGAUGGUGUGGUGGAACUCAUUGAUACGGAGGAAGAGGAAGUGUGCAUGAUUGCGAUGGAGCCUAAGGAUGUCGGCACAGGCUCGCAGAUCCAUACGCAUUGCGAAAUUCAUCCAUCCAUGAUUCUGGGUAUUUGCGCCAGUAUUAUUCCGUUCCCCGAUCACAACCAGUCACCGCGUAACACGUACCAGUCUGCUAUGGGUAAGCAGGCUAUGGGCAUCUACUGUUCCAAUUUCCGUGCAAGGAUGGAUACUAUGGCCAACGUUUUAAACUAUCCUCAAAAGCCAUUGGUUACUACACGUGCAAUGGAGUACUUGCACUUUCGUGAAUUGCCAUCGGGUAUCAAUGCUAUUGUGGGUAUCGCGUCGUAUACGGGCUACAAUCAGGAAGAUUCUUUGAUCAUGAACCAGAGCGCAAUUGAUCGCGGCUUUUUCCGCUCUACUUUUUACCGCUGCUACAUCGACCAAGAACGGAAUAAGAGUCCACACGGUGGUCCCGGUGGUGGCGCUGGUGGUGCCAAUUGUGAGGAAUUUGAAAAGCCUUCUCGUGACAAUUGCCUGGGUCUGCGUCACGGCAGCUAUCACAAGUUGGAUAAUGAUGGACUUGUUGCCCCUGGUACCCGUGUCAGCGGGAACGAUAUUAUCAUCGGCAAGACGUCACCCUUGCCCCAGUCCGAAGACUCGUCUCUCGAACAACGCCACCAGAAGCGUGACGCGAGUACAGCUUUGCGCUCCCACGAAAACGGCAUUAUCGACAGUGUGAUGCUUACGACUAACGCAGACGGAUUCAAGUUUACAAAAGUACGCUUCCGCAACAUCCGAGUUCCUCAGAUUGGCGACAAGUUUGCAUCACGUCACGGACAGAAGGGAACAAUUGGUAUGACGUAUCGUCAAGAAGACAUGCCGUUUACGGUGGAGGGCAUUACACCGGAUAUCGUUGUAAACCCUCACGCUAUUCCGUCGCGUAUGACAGUGGGGCAUCUGGUUGAGUGUUUGCUCGGCAAGGUCUCGUCGCAAACUGGUGAUGAAGGUGACGCAACUCCUUUCACCGAUGUGACUGUCCAAGCGAUUGCCGACACGCUGCAUAAUCUAGGCUACCAGAAGCAUGGUAACGAGGUUAUGUACAGUGGUCACACGGGCCGUCGCCUGACAGCACAGAUCUUCAUCGGACCGACCUUCUACCAGCGAUUGAAGCAUAUGGUUGACGACAAGAUCCACUCGCGCUCGCGUGGUCCGGUGACGAUGCUGACGCGUCAGCCAAUGGAGGGUCGUGCUCGCGAGGGUGGUCUGCGCAUGGGAGAAAUGGAGCGCGACUGUUUGAUCUCACACGGCUCGGCCAAUUUCCUCAUGGAUCGGCUCUUUGCAAACUCGGAUGCCUAUCGUGUGCACGUGUGCGAUAUCUGUGGGAUCAUUGCCAUUGCCAAUUUGCGCAAGAUGACGUUUGAGUGUCGCACGUGCCGUAACAAGACACAGAUUUCGCAGGUCCACAUUCCCUACUCUUGCAAGCUGCUUUUCCAGGAGCUCAUGUCCAUGUCGAUCGCGCCACGACUGUUUACGCUGGGCAACCCGAACGUGGAUCGAGUUCGCCAGCCGUAG